AUGAGCCUUCCCCUUAUUCCAUUUGGGGCUUUGCGCCUCGCCUCCCCCGGUGAUCUACUUCGUAUUGGCAUUGUCGCGGCCGCAGGCUUUCGAUACUCUCCUGUAUUUGAUUGGGAACGACCGUACCAUGAAGAGUACCCAGGUGACACCCUGCUUUCCUAUCGACAGGAAUUCUCUUCUGUUAUGAAAGACGAGAACUACGCGGUUCUUGUCGCAGUGGAUCACUUCGAUCCUAUGGAGCAUGAGAAGACGAAGGCCAUCAUCCCGCAGGAUAACGGAUGGGAUGCCCCUGCAGCCGGUGAAGAAGUCGUUGUAGGCGUCGGCUGCUGGAAGCUCGAGCCAGGUUCCAAACGUAUUGGCGAGUUUCAGAAUGACACAGGCCCUUAUCCGUCACUACCACCAAACCAAAAUCAAGACCAGGAGCAAAAGCAUGGCGAAUUGUUUGGCGACCGCAUGGGACCUAUCGAGAAAAGAUACUUUCACGGAUAUUCUACUAUGGAUAUGCUUGUUGUACACCCAGCGUAUUGGCGGAGGGGUCACGGUACCACCUUGGGGAAAUGGGGCCUCGACCUCGCUCGUAUUGAUGGUGUGAAGCAAGGAGUAAUGGCUGCGAGCUCGGGCAAAAAGCUCUACACCUCCAUGGGUUACACCAAUUUAGAGGAUGUGCACAUUGAUGGAGACGAAAUCACCCCAGACGGUGUCACUAUCUCCGCAAUGGUGUUCGAGCCGGGGAAUGGUGAGGGUAGUGCCCACGGUGAAACAGCUCAGAUUGGUUCAGCUGAGCUGUGA